UAAACAUCACGAUCAUCAUCCGGGAACUUCUCCAAGAUGGCAGCAGCACUUUUCGGAAGCACGGCCGGUGGCCGCAGUCAAAGCAAAAAUUUGGUCGAAUUUAGGGCCGGUAAGAUGUAUUUGAAGAGCAAGAUGUGUCACCCCGAUAAAAGGAAGGGGAUGGUGUAUAUUUAUCAGUCGGACGACUCCUUGAUGCACUUCUGUUGGAAAGACAGGACCAGCGGUGCGGUGGAAGACGACCUGAUUAUCUUCCCGGAUGACUGCGAGUUCAAACUAGUGCCGCAGUGUACUACGGGGAGAGUUUAUGUCCUCAAGUUCAAGUCUUCUACCAGAAAGUUUAUUUUCUGGAUGCAGGAGCCCAAAACGGACAAGGAUGAAGACCACUGCAAGAAGGUGAAUGAGUACUUGAACAACCCCCCAACCCCAGGUUCCAGCAGAGGGGGUGGCGGGAUGUCAGGUCUACCCCCAGAUCUGGCUGGUCUGGGAGACAGCGAUCUACAAAGUAUACUGGGGGGGAUGAGCCAGCAACAGUUGAUGCAGCUACUGGGUGGUAUGGGGAUGGGUGGUAUGGGAGGACUGACAUCUAUGAUGGGAGCCAGACCUGCCAGUGCUCAGUCCACUGACUCAUCCACGCCACUGCGAGUCCAAUCUUCUCCUGGUCCCAGAGCCACCAGUGCUGACAGUACAGUGACCCCUGCUCCGCGGCCUGCCACUGCGGCUGCCUUGCCUUCCCAGCCUUCGCUGAUCACAGCCCAGCAACCUGUGCCACAGACAGCGCCCCCUGCUGGUCCACAGGCACCGACACCUGGUGCCGGCGGAACUCCCAUACAACUCAGUGACUUGCAGAAUAUACUGUCUAAUAUGACAGUGCCGGCAGCAUCAGGAGCCACAGGUUCCAGUCAAACAAACGUAGACCUGGUUCAGGCCCUGAAUCCCGACAGCCUCAUUCCCAUCCUGGCGAACAAGGAGGUACAGCAGAGACUCGUCCCCUUCUUACCACAGGGAGGCUCUCUGCCCAAGAGUGAAGAAGAGCUGCGAGCCACGGUUUCUGCACCUCAGUUUCAACAGGCUCUAAGUACAUUCAGUGCUGCACUGGCCUCUGGUCAGCUGGGGCCACUCAUGGGCCAGUUUGGCCUGGGAGAAGAGGUGGCCAAUGCAGCUGCACAGGGAGAUGUUGAGGCCUUUGUUCGUGCAAUGCAAAACGCAGAGCAGGGGGGCGAGGGCAAGGAUGAGGGAAGGAAAGAGGAAAAGAUGGACGAAAGCUAAAACUGUGAAGAACAGUUUUGUGCCCGUUUUGGGAGAUAUUCCUGAAGAAUUUGAAAACAUCAGGAACAUAUCGAUAUAUUAUUCAAAUUCUAUAUUAGACUUUUCCUUACUGGAUAUCCAAAAUCAUUUCUCAUUAUGAAAAUAUACUAAUGAUUAAAAAAUUAAAAAUAGAUGCACUGAAGCUGUGGGCUCAG